AGACAACCAGAAACCGGAAAUGUCAACCUGUAAGAGCGGAGCGGAGCAGAAUGUAUUACAGCUUAUCGCUUCUUUAGAGUAUAUUAUGACUUGUUAGUUAUCGGGGGAAAAUAGUCAGAUAACAUCGUCAAAGACCAACCUGCAAGUAUGACAAAUGUGUACUCUUUUGACGGCAUCCUGGUGUUUGGGCUGCUGUUUAUCUGCACUUGUGCGUACCUCAAAAAGGUGCCUCGGCUCAAUGGCUGGCUGCUGUCUGAGAAGAAAGGAGUGUGGGGUGUCUUCUACAAAGCUGCAGUAAUCGGGACAAGACUACACAUUGCUGUGGCGAUUUCUUGUGUGGCCAUGGCCUUUUACGUUAUCUUCUUGAAAUGAUAGUCAGCCUGGACUGGAAGGGACUGGAUGGCUACGGGUUGGGGAUGGACUCAUUCCUGUGGUCGUAUGUUAAUCCUUGCUGGAGGGGAUACUUCUCAGUGACGGACAAACCCGCUGGCUGUGGAUCCUUGUGAAAGUCGAGCCAGUGCUGCCCCCUCCUGAUGAGUGCGUCACUCUUUCCUGAAUGAAACGUGUGCGCUACACGCUGAGGGCAGCCAUCAUGAAUAUUCUCUGCAGUGAAGAGCCUGCUGGUUCACGUCACCCUGUCGUCGGGUAAUACUGUUCACUGCCCUCAUCCACACCAGUGAUCACUGUUACUGAAGGAAGCAGAAGAUCCAAGUAUGCGUACACUUUAAAUCGGCUUAGUUGUAUAUAUUUUGGGGCAG